ACCGCGCUGAAAAUAAAACAAGGAAAAGGGAAUGUGAACCUUGGGUUGAAAGCAAGGGAGGGCUGCCCUGAGGCACAACACGGGAUCGCAAACCCAUGCAAGUUGUGCUGGAAGCGCCCAGCCUGGACGCGGGGGGGCUCUGAUACUCAGGGGUAAUUAGGGCAAAUUGAAGUCCUUACAAGAGUCCGAGUUGGCAGAAUUAGCAAGGAAAGUGCAGUAAGUGCGGGCGGCUGCAAGUUCCUUAGUGUAUUUGCCAAGGGAGGGAGGGGGGAUUGGACUCCAGGGCUGCGCUCCGGCUGUGGGAGUCUCACCGGGAUCCUCAUUGUUUUGGGUGGCGGAUCCAGCCCUGGGAAUUGUAUGGGCGCCCAGGAAGUGGGUGACACUUUGUGACUGGUAUCCUGCACGCUGUGGGACUGUGCUGGCAGCCGGAUCCCAGGAAUAUUUUAUCCUGCUCCACUUUUCUGCUCAUAGUUUGCAGCCGGGAUAUAUUAUUCGGAUCCAUUGUGGGAAAUGGCUAAUGUUGGUGCCCAGUUUGAUAGAUCUGAUGGAGAAGAAAACAAUGAAUUCAGUGACAUUAUAAAAUCUCGAUCUGAUGAACAUAAUGAUGUACAGAAAAAGACCUUUACCAAAUGGAUUAAUGCCCGCUUUUCAAAGUCUGACAAAGCUCCAGUGAAGGACUUGUUUGUUGACCUCAAGGAUGGAAGAAAACUGCUGGACUUGCUAGAGGGUCUUACAGGAACAACUUUGCCAAAGGAACGUGGAUCAACACGAGUUCAUGCCUUAAAUAAUGUCAACAGAGUCCUGCAAAUUUUACAUCAGAACAAUGUUGAGCUGGUGAACAUUGGAGGUACAGACAUUGUUGAUGGUAACCAUAAAUUGACCCUUGGAUUAAUAUGGAGCAUCAUUUUACACUGGCAGGUGAAAGAUGUUAUGAAAGCCAUCAUGGCCAACCUUCAACAGACGAACAGCGAGAAGAUUCUUUUGAGCUGGGUCAGGCAAUCCACAAGGCAUUACAAUCAAGUUAACGUCCUGAAUUUUACCACAAGUUGGACGGAUGGCUUGGCCUUCAAUGCUCUUCUUCACAGGCACAAGCCAGACCUGUUUAGCUGGGAAAAAGUUGUCACACUUUCCCCCCUCGAGCGACUUGACCAUGCAUUCAGUAUUGCAAAGAAACACAUGGGGAUUGAAAAGCUUCUUGACCCAGAAGAUGUUGUUGUGCAGCUGCCUGACAAAAAAUCUAUAAUUAUGUACUUAACAUCGCUGUUUGAAGUGCUUCCACAUGAAGUCACGCUGGAAGAUAUCCAUGAGGUGGAAACGCUUCCCAGGAGAUACAAGGGGGUGUGUGAGGAGACGGUUUUCACUAAGCAACAGGUUUUUGAAGAACAGUAUGAAGAUUUAAAUCUGGGAACAAGCAGCUCAGUAACAGAGGUUGAAAUGGAUCUUGACAGCUAUCAGGUGGCUCUGGAAGAUGUGCUCACUUGGCUUCUAAUGGCAGAAGACACAUUUCAGGAACAAGAUGAUGUAUCUGAUGACGUAGAAGAAGUUAAACAGCAAUUUGCCACUCAUGAGGCUUUUAUGAUGGAGCUAACCGCACAUCAGAGCAGUGUUGGAAACGUCCUACAGGCAGGGAACCAGCUGAUUGCUCAGGGAGACCUAUCGGUUGAAGAGGAGAAUGAAAUACAGGAGCAGAUGACUUUGCUGAACUCGCGCUGGGAGGCACUGCGUGUGGAAAGCAUGGACAGGCAGUCCCGUCUACAUGAAGUACUGAUGGAUCUGCAAAGGAAACAGCUGGACCAAUUGUCUGACUGGUUGACGGUAACAGAAGAACGGAUUCAGAAGAUGGAUAGGAAACCCUUUGGGGAAGACUUACAGUUUUUUCGGGAGCAAAUUGAAGAACACAAAGCACUACAGUGUGACCUUGAGACAGAACAGGUGAAGGUGAACUCCUUAACUCACAUGGUGGUCAUAGUUGAUGAAAACAGUGGUGAAGGAGCUACAGUUGCACUGGAAACGCAGCUGCAGAAACUUGGGGAACGCUGGGCAGCAGUGUGUCGCUGGACCGAGGAACGCUGGAGCAAACUGCAGGAAAUUCUUGUCUUGUGGCAGAAGCUGCUUGAAGAGCAGUGCUUGUUCAGAACGUGGUUAUCUGAGAAAGAGGAGUCUCUGAGUAAGGUCCAAAGGAGAGACUUCAAAGACCAGACAGAGCUGAGUGUAAAUGUGAGACGGCUUGCAGUUCUAAAGGAAGAAAUGGGAAUGAAACGCAAGACUUUGGACCAUCUCCAUAAGAUAGCACAGGAUUUGGUUCAGCUUGUUGGCAAUAGUAAGGCUUCUAGGAAUCUCAAGGGUGACAUGGAAGAUCUUGCCCAGAGAUGGGAUGGACUGGUGCAUCAGCUGGAGGAAUACACUAACCAGGUUUCUGAAGCUGUAACAACAUUAGGGGUUACCCAAGUAUCGCGCAAGGUUGUUAUUGAAACAGUAACGGUUAAAGAACAUGAAUUUAUUCAUCUUACCAAGCAAGACCUUCCCCCUCCACCACCACCAAAGAAACGGCAAAUGCUCCUGGACUCAGAGGAGAAGAAAAAAUUUGAUGUUGAAGCUGCUGAACUGUUGAAUUGGAUGAUAAAAUCCAAAGCUGCACUUCAAACUGCAGAGAUCAGUGACUAUAGAAAGAUUAGCGAAACCUUGGACGUAAAAGAAAUGCUAAAGGCUAUGGAGACAGAAAAGAUGAACAGAACGCAAAUAUUUGAAGAACUUUUCCUUAAAGGACAGUACAUGUUAGAGCUGUGCAAGGAAGAAGAUAUACCUGAUGAAGGCCUGACAGACUCCUUGGAUAGGCUUCAGUCUGAAUGGAAAAAGACCUCCCAGCAACUGGAUGAGCUGAAGAAGGGGAUACAUUAUCAGGAUGAUAUCAGUGCUCAUUUCAGAGAGCUGGAGAGCUUGGGGCAAAUGUUAAACCAGGUGGAGAAUAGACUGGCUACCUCUGCAUCUCAAGAACAGUCACUGGAAUUCCAAGUGGAAUCCAGCAAGGAAAAUUUAUCCAGACUCAAUGAGAUUAACUUCCGUAUUGAAAACCAAAAAUCCGCUGUGUUGGUACUGAACGCACACCCCAUGGCUCCAGGUUUUAUUGGCUCCAGUUUCAGUGGCUUUCUAGAUCAGUACCACAGAGUGAAGAACAGAGCCGAGCAACAAGCCCAGGAACUUCAAAAAGCCUUGGAAUGCCAGCCCAGUCAAUCUUACUUGGAAACAAGAACAAUUACAAAAGAAACAUUGUUGGCAUGUCACCAAAAGUUACAGUCGCCCUUAACUGGCCUCUGCGACCCCGUAGCAGUGGAAAAGGCCCUGCAAGAGACUAAGAGUCUCUCACAAACAAUAGAUGAUCAGAAGACAAAUAUCGAUAAACUGUUCACUGAAACAAAACUGCUUCAGAGUUGGGCACCAGAAGACAAAACAAAGGUUUAUGUGACUGAGUCUAAGGAUAUAGAGGAACAGUGGUCAAAAUUAAAGAAAGAUGUUGCUGGCAGACUUUCCAUACUUGAGGACAUUUCCUCAAAACUUCAAGUAUUUGAGGAUGAAUCAAAAACUGUUCAGAAAUGGGUCAGUGAUGCAAAGGAUUUUAUUCUAAAUCAACAUAGUGCCUCCGAAGAUUCCCAGGGACUGCAGAGGCAGCUGGACAAGUGUAUGACACUUGUUAAUGAAAUGGAAGCUGUGGAAUCAUCCUUAAAAAAGCUGAAUGAAGUGGAAUCCACUCUGGGUAGCCAUCCAGAUACUAUGAUCAAUACCUGGGUACUGCCUAGACUGGCUGACCAGCAGGCACAGUGGGAACUACUAAGCAAACAGGUUAUUCAUCAAAUGAACAAGUUAUCAGAAAGUCAGGAGAAAGCGGUAAACUUGAAAAAGGAUUUGGCAGAGAUGCAAGAAUGGAUGACGCAAGCUGAAGAGGAAUAUUUGGAAAAGGACUUUGAGUAUAAGUCUCCAGAAGAGCUCGAAAGUGCUGUGGAGGAAAUGAAAAGAGCGAAAGAAGAGGUGCUACAGAAAGAGGUACGAGUUAAGAUUUUAAAGGACAACAUCAAGACCCUUGCUGCUAAAGGUCAAUCUGGUGGCCAAGACCUGACGCCUGAGCUAAAGGUGGUGUUGGACAACUACCAGCUGCUUUGCAAUAGGAUCAGAGGGAAAUGCCACACUCUGGAGGAAGUCUGGUCUUGCUGGAUAGAGCUGCUGCACUAUCUGAAGCUGGAGACAGCAUGGCUAAAUACAUUGGAUGAAAGAGUACAAAAUGCUGGAAAUCUUCCUGACAAGCCAGAGUCAGUCAGUGAAGCACUGGAGUCUUUAGAGUCAGUCCUACGCCAUCCAGCAGACAAUAGAACUCAGAUCCGUGAGCUUGGGCAGACUUUGAUUGAUGGCGGUAUUCUUGAUGACAUCAUCAGCGAAAAGCUGGAGGAAUUUAAUGCUCGCUAUGAGGAGCUGAGUCAUUUGGCGGUGAGCAGGCAGAUCUCUCUAGAGCAGCACCUGCAGUCCCUGAGAGAGAGCGAUCACAUGCUGAAUGUGCUGCAGGAGUCCCUGGAAGAGCUGGAUAAGCAGCUGACCACAUACCUGACGGACAGAGUUGAUGCCCUCCGGAUGCCGCAGGAGGCUCAGAAAAUCCAGGCUGACAUCAGUGCCCAUGAAGCAUCAUUGGAAGAGCUGAAGCGUAGCUUACGACCAAUGCCACCAGCCACUCCAGAGAGCAAAUCCCCACGGGGUGGAUCUCAGUUAGAUGUCCUGCAGAGAAAGCUUCGAGAAGUGUCCACAAAGUUCCAGCUCUUCCAGAAGCCAGCUAAUUUUGAGCAGAGGAUGCUGGACUGUAAACGUGUUCUAGAAGGCGUGAAAACAGAACUAGGUGUUCUUGAUGUGAAAGAUGUCAAUCCCGAAGUCAUCCAAUCCCACCUAGAUGGCUGCAUGAAACUAUACAAAACCCUGAGUGAAGUGAAACUGGAAGUGGAGACGGUUAUAAAGACAGGAAGGCAAAUUGUGCAGAAGCAGCAAACGGAUAAUCCCAAACUCAUGGAUGAACAAUUGACUGCAUUAAAAUUGCUGUAUAAUGAUCUUGGUGCCCAGGUGACAGAAGGAAAGCAAGACUUGGAGCGGGCUCUGCAUUUGGCUGGGAAGCUGAGGAAAGACUCCACAUCACUGUCAGAAUGGCUGACUUCCACCGAAUCUGAACUAGUGCAAAAGUCCACUGCUGGCAACCUGGGUGCAGAUUUAGAUGUAGAAAUUGCCUGGGCUAAAAAUGUACUGAAAGAGCUGGAGAGGAGGAAAGGCGAUUUGAACAGUGUCACUGAAAGCAGCGCAGCCCUACAGUGUCUGGUGGAGGGCAGUGAUUCCAUCCUGGAAGAGAAACUCUGUGUUUUGAAUGCUGGAUGGAGUCGAGUCCGCACAUGGACUGAGGACUGGUGCAAUACACUCCUGAAUCACCAGAGUCAGAUGGAGAUUUUCGAUGAGAAUGUUGCUCACAUAAGCACUUGGCUUUACCAAGCGGAAGCCCUGCUGGAUGAAAUUGAGAAAAAGCCAACUAGCCUCAAGGAGGAAACCGUGAAGCGCCUACUGUCUGAACUCGAUGAUGUCAGUCUCCGCGUAGACAAUGUCCGUGAUCAGGCUGUAAUAUUAAUGGGCAGCAGGGGCACGUCCUGCCAAGAACUAGUGGAACCAAAACUGGCUGAGUUAAAUCGCAACUUUGAAAAGGUGUCACAGCACAUCAAGGCUGCCAAAAUGCUGAUGAGCCAUGAGCCGCUGACACCAGCAGCUGCUACAGUACAGGAGUCUGUCAGUGCAGACAUCUCUGCGGCAGAACUGGACACGUUUGAAGGCGACCUCCGUGAUGUUCAGGAAAUAGUGGAGAGGCUUUCCCAGUCAACAGAUGACAAUGAAAAGAUCGAUGAGGAGAAGGCUCGCAUUGAGGAAGUCCUGCAGAAAGGAGAGCAACUCUUACAGCUACCAAUGGAAGACAACAAGAGAGAGAAACUCCGUCUGGAGCUGCUGCUUUUACAGACCAGAUACAGAAAUGUGAAGGAACUGCGAGCAGUAAGAAGAAGGCAGGAAGAGAAGCUCCUCCCAGUGUCGGUUCAUGUUGAGCAGGAGAAGAGCAGGUUGUUUAACUGGAUGAAUGAGACAGAACACCGUCUGUCUGGUCUCCACGAGGCAGAAGAUGACCAAAAACUACAAGAGCUAUUGCAAGAACUGGAGGAACACAGAGAAGAGUUUGUUGCUCUGCAGAAGAAGAAUGAAGCAUCGCAGCAUGAUGAGGUAGAUGGAGAUAAAGUCAAGCAGCGCUGGGAAGAGAUUGAAAAGCAGUUUGCUCUUUACCUGGGAGCUCAGCAUCCUAACCUAGAUAUAACCGACCACCACCUGGACCUGGAUGUGAGCUCCUUCAAUUCCACAAGUUUCACGCCAUCUGUGCAUUCCUCAGACUACUUAGUAGAAAUAAACAAGGUUUUGCUUUCCAUAGCAGAUACUGAGCUGCUGCUGAAUGGCCCAGAGCUAAACAGUGGGGAGUAUGAGAACUUCCCCCUACAGGAAGAUUCGCUCAAGAACAUAAAAGAUGUUCUGGACAGAAUUGGGGAACAGAUUGCAUUUAUUCAUGAGAGACAGCCAGAUGUGAUUUUGGAAGCCACAGGCCCUGAGGUAAUACAGAUAGGAGACUCACUGACUCAAGUGAACGCUGAAUGGGACCGGAUCAACAGAUUAUAUAGUGAUCGCAAGAGCCGCUUUGAUCGGUCGCUUGAAGAAUGGCGACAGUUCCAUUGUGACCUUAAUGACCUGACCCAGUGGGUCACCGAAGCAGAGAACUUGCUGUCAGAGGCUACCAUGCCUAGCGGAAUUUUAGAUCUGGGAAAAGCGAAGCUGCAUCAACGGGAGCUUGAGGAAGCUGUGAGCAGCUAUCAGCUAAGUUUUACCAUUCUCAACCAAAGUGGGGAAGGAAUUGUACAACAUCUUUCUCCCGCCGAUGGAGAAUUCCUGCAGGACAAACUUGCAGGGCUGAAUAAGCGCUGGAAUGUAAUAAAGGCAGAAGUGUUGGACCGACAGAACAGGCUGAAAGCAGACAAUACAGAAUUGAAUGAUUUUAACAAAAAUAUGGAUGAAUUUCUCCUAUGGUUGGAAAAAACAACAGUUGUGACACAAGGGAUGCCUGUACUAGAAAAUGAAGAAAGACUGCAAGAAUUACAGGCUCUCACUUUAGAGAUGGAAAAGCAAAGAGAAAGGCUAGACUGGCUCAAUCACAGUGGGCCUGACAUGAUGGCUCGGGUGAAUAUCAGCCCACAGGAGAGAGAAAUACUUAAUUCCAGGCUGAGGACAAUAAACAUGAACUGGACACAGGUGUCAAGAGAAUUGCAGGAGAAAGAAAAGGACCUGCAGGAAUGUUUGUAUUAUCCAUCCUAUGCAAAGCAGGCAACAUUACCUAGCUAUGCUGCAGUCCAUCAAGUGCAACAAGUGGUAUUGGUAUCUUCUGCCUCGGAAGUCCCAAGCCUGGUAGCACAUGGUUUUGAGCUGCCUGCGCCUUCUGAUUUGGACAAGACUGUUACUGAACUAGGGGAUUGGCUUGCACUGAUUGACCAAAUGCUUAAGUCCAACAUAGUUACUGUGGGAGAUGCUGAAGAAAUCAACACUACAAUCGCUCGCAUGAAGAUAACUAAUGAAGACUUGGAACAGCGUCACCCACAGCUUGAGUCUGUUCUGACAUUAGCCCAAAAUGUGAAAAACAAGACCUCCAAUUUGGAUGUGAGAACCACUAUUACAGAAAAAUCGGAAAAACUCAAGAGCCAUUGGGACAACACACAACAUGGAGUCGAGGUUCGCCGGCAGCAGUUGCAAGAGAUGCUGAAAGACAGCACAAAAUGGGACAAGCAGAGAGCAGAAAUUCAGAAUAUCCUGGACCAGGCAGACUUCCGCCUUUAUACCAUUACUCAGACGUAUAGGGAUACACCUGUGAAACAGCUGGCUGAAACCAAGGCACUAGUGCAAGAUCUGCAUAAGGGGGAGAUUGUUAUGGACGCUUUCAAUGAGUUAUCCAACAAGCUGCUUCGGGAUUAUGGCACUGAUGACACCCGAAAAGUAAAGGAAACUAGUGAUAACUUAUACAUGACGUGGGUUAACAUGAAUAAGAGGGUUGGUGACCGACAGAGCACCCUAGAGAAAGAACUGUGGAAUGUGCAAGCCUUGGUCAGAGAGCACGACAACUUCAUGAAAUGGAUGCAGGAAGCUGAAACAACUGUAAAUGUGCUGAUGGAUGCUUCUCAGCGUGAAGGGAUUCAGCAGGACAUGAACCGCCUGCGCCAACUGAAAUCGCAACUCCAGGAUAUACAAGCUGAGAUAGAUGCCCAUAAUGAUAUCUUUAAAAGCAUUGAUGGGAACCGGCAGAAGAUGGUGAAAGCACUGGGAACCUCAGAAGAAGCAGCUCUCCUUCAGCAAAGACUAGAUGAUAUGAACCACCGGUGGAACGAUUUAAAGGCCAAGUCAUCCAACAUCAGAACACACUUAGAAGUGAGUGCAGACAAAUGGAAUUACUUGCUGAAAUCCCUGGAAGAACUCAUCAGCUGGUUAGAUGUUAGAAAUGAAGAACUUAAAAAGCAAAUGCCUGUGGGAGGAGAUGUCCCUACAGUACAACAACAGUUUGAAUACUGUAAGCUUCUGAAGCGGGAAUUAAAGGACAAAGAGGCCUCCAUCAUACACACCAUAGAACAAGCACGAAUAUUUAUAUCAGAGCAACCCAUUGAGGGUCCCGAAGAGCCAAGAAGGAACUUGCUUCCCAAAACAGAAUUAACCCCAGAAGAAAAAGCACAGAAAGUGACAAGAGCUAUGCGUAAGCAGUCUUUGGAGGUUAAAGAGAAGUGGGACUGCCUGAAUUCUCAGGCCAGCAGUUGGCAGAAGCAAGUGGACAAAGCCUUGGAGAAGUUAAAGGACUUACAAAGUGCAAUGGAUGAACUUGAUGUGGAGCUAAUGAAUGCAGAAAGAGUACGGGGAAGCUGGAAACCUGUAGGAGAUCUGUUAAUUGAUUCUUUGAAGGAUCACAUUGAGACAACCACAGCAUUUGGAGAGGAGAUUGCCCCAGUCAGCUCUAAAGUAAACACACUGAAUGAUAUGGCCAGUCAGCUUUGCACCUUUGACAUUCAGCCAUCUGCAAAAACGUCUCGCCAGUUGGAUGACCUCAACAUCAGAUGGAAGCUUUUACAGGCAGCUGUUGAAGAGCGUCUCAAACAACUCCAAGAAGCACAUCGGGAUUUUGGACCUGCCUCCCAACACUUUCUCUCUACAUCAGUGCAGCUUCCAUGGCAACGAUCGGUCUCACUUAACAAAGUACCCUAUUACAUCAACUAUUACAGUCAAGAUUGUGCUUCUCCACUGGAUUCGGGCAAUGAGAAAAGCCAUCAAACACAAACUACUUGUUGGGAUCACCCAAAAAUGACAGAGCUUUUUCAGUCUCUAGGUGACUUAAAUAAUGUGCGCUUUUCUGCUUAUCGCACUGCCAUGAAGAUAAGAAGACUACAGAAAACAUUGUGCUUGGACCUCCUGGAACUGAGUACAACACACAGCAUUUUCAAACAACAUGAACUGAAUCAAAACAAUCAACUGCUAUCAGUCCCGGAAGUUAUCAGUGUCCUCACUACCGUCUAUGAUGGACUAGAGCAGAAGCACAAGGAACUGGUGAACGUACCACUCUGCAUCGAUAUGUGUCUAAAUUGGCUGCUAAAUGUUUAUGACACAGGUCGAACUGGUAAGCUACGAGUCUUGUCCCUGAAGAUUGGGCUCAUGUGUUUAUCUAAAGGCCUUCUAGAAGAGAAAUACAGACAUCUCUUUAAGGAAAUAUGUGGGGCAGGAGAUACAUGUGACCAGAGGCAGCUUGGCUUGCUACUUCAUGAUGCCAUCCAAAUCCCACGCCAGCUUGGGGAAGUGGCAGCCUUUGGAGGGAGUAACAUUGAGCCAAGUGUACGCAGCUGCUUUCAACAUGCUCAAAAUAAACCCGAAAUUGAUGUCAAGCAUUUUAUUGAGUGGAUGCGCUUGGAACCUCAGUCUAUGGUAUGGCUACCUGUACUACACAGAGUAGCCGCUGCUGAAACUGCUAAGCAUCAAGCCAAGUGUAACAUCUGUAAAGAAUGCCCCAUUGUUGGAUUCAGGUACAGGAGUCUAAAGCAUUUUAACUAUGAUGUGUGCCAAAGUUGCUUCUUUUCUGGAAGGACAGCAAAGGGUCACAAGCUACAUCACCCAAUGGUGGAAUACUGCACUCCUACAACAUCAGGGGAGGAUGUUCGGGACUUCACCAAGGUGCUGAAGAACAAAUUCCGCUCCAAGAAAUAUUUUGACAAACAUCCCAGGCUAGGUUACUUGCCGGUCCAGACAGUGCUGGAAGGGGACAACAUGGAGACUCCUAUAACCCUUAUCAGCAUGUGGCCUGAUCAGUUUGAUGGUAUGCACUCCCCGGAACUGCUUGAUGAUGACACGCACUCGAGGAUAGAGCAGUAUGCCAGCAGGCUGGCACAAAUGGAACGAACCAAUGGUUCACUGUUCACUGACAGCAGCUCUGCCACCGGGAGUAUGGAGGAUGAGCAUGCCCUUAUCCAGCAGUACUGUCACACCCUGGGAGGAGAUUCGCCCAUUGGACAACCGCAGAGUCCAGCCCAGAUAUUGAAGUCAGUAGAAAAAGCAGAGAGGGGAGAGUUGGAGCAUAUUAUUGCUGAUCUGGAGGAAGAACAAAGAAACUUGAAGAUUGAGUAUGAGCAGCUGAAAGCACAGCACUUGCGAAGGGGCCUGACCCCGCCAUCGUCGCCCCCGGACUCUGUGCUAUCCCUGCAGCACAAUUCGGAGGAUGCAGAACUCAUUGCAGAGGCAAAACUGCUCAGACAGCACAAAGGGCGCCUGGAAGCUAGAAUGCAAAUUUUAGAAGACCACAACAAACAGUUGGAGUCCCAGCUUCAUCGAUUACGUCAGUUAUUAGAGCAGCCUGAAUCAGAGUCCAGGGUUAAUGGAGUCUCUAUAUCUGUCUCGCCACAGCCGCCUGCCCCCAGAUAUUCAGCUGAUCAUGAUUAUAGCUCUCAGUUUCAACAGACAGUUGAUGUAUUGCACCCUCCGCACAGCGCCGCCACAGACCUAACAGAUGUGAUGGAACAAUUCAACAGCACAUUUCCCCUGAGCAGCUCAAGCCUUUCUGGGAGACAGUAGGUAAUGGGAAAAUACAUCCAUGAAAACAUUUGUCCUUGGCACAAAGUCCCUUCAUAACACAGCCAGUGGGAAAGUCUAUUGUGAUGAAGUUACAAGGGACCGAAAGAACCAUUCUACCACUUUCAACUGUGUGUUCUACUGAAGGAUUACAACACUGAAUAUCCAAAGAUGAAGAUGUUGUGUUUUUUAUGUAAUGUCUGUCCACUAUUUUUGUUCCCUUUCUAUGCAAAUGUAAAUUAACAAUCUGUGGAGUAUUUGGAAAUAAUUAUACCUACAUUGUUUGUAUAAAUAUAAACAUUACUAGGAUUUGGAGGGAUGGUUUUAGAAUUUAUAUUUUUUUUGUAAUCACGUACAAUGCAUCUGCUUUAUAGCAGGUAUGCUCACUCCACUUCUCAUUCCCGGCAUUUGUGGCAUAUCAGUAUUAAGGCAGUAUCAGUCUUAUAUCACAGUUACCCUGUACAUACUGUCAGCUGACAGAAUCCUUGUCGUACUGUAUUGUCCAAUGCUCAAUAUAGCGCAAAAUAUCGAGGGCACUCCCAAACAUCACCAGUUGUUGUAGUAUGCAACGUAUUUUAGCUCUUCCUGUGACUUUAGCACGUACGAACCAUUAAGUGCUGUAAGAGCCUCUAUAGAAUUGCAUUUAAAAAUCUGAAUGCCCUUAUAUAUUCAGGGGAGUAAGUUAUCAUUACCAGUUAGCUUGACUUAUUCUGCAUUGUACCAUGGAACACUUCUGCUUGCUUCAGAAUAAAAAUGGAUCCUCUUGGCCUCAUUGUCCUCCAGUUAAAACAUCUGAAUAGCCUCUUUGCAGAAGAGUCAUACAGUCUGAUCUUUAACAUUACAGAGUCCUUUCUCCACUGGCAAGCCUGAUCUGAAUAUCUGAAUGUGGCUAGUAUGAGCCUAAAUGCAAAGUUUCUAAAUGGUUGCCAACUGUGGGUUCCCAAUCGUUUGGUGACAUGAAAAUGCCUUGAUAUUUUUAUAUAUCCAGAACCAUUGUUGUUGUGAAUAUGCUACAUGCUAUUUUGUUACUGUAUGAAAAGAAACCGCCACAAUAGGUAAUCUUAAUCACUUUAAAGUGAAUAUUUUAGAGCCCCAGUCUAUAAACAGUUUGAAUUUAUUGAGGGAAAUGAAUAACACCCUGUUUGUUUUGUUGACACGAGAUAAAACAUGUACUUGAGCAUUUUUCUGCUCUCUGUUUCUUUUUUUUGCAUAAUAAAAUGCAUUUUAAUGUA